AUUUUUAACAUUUACACAGUCUAGAUAGAUGAUUCCUCGUUCUGUGUGGUUUGGAGCUGAAGCUGUAGAGCCUUUCAUAAUCAUAUCCUUUUAUUUUUUUAUGGUUUGCUUGAAUUUGAUCUCUGUAGCUGAUUCCGUGCAUUGAUAAUGAAGGCUUGGGUUGCCUGAUUCUCAGCAUAAAUUCAGGCAGACUUCUAGUUUGACAGGGCUCUGUGUUUCGGUACGCAUGAAGAUACAGAACUGAAAUUGCUUUGCUUUCUUUACAAAUGACUCAGAGUGUGCUUGUCCUUCCCUAAAAUGUUGCCAGCGUGUGAAGGAUUUUCAAUGAGCAGUGCAAUAAGCCGGCAUCUGGGAAGGUUUGAGGCUGCUCUGGUAUAGCAGUGAACUGUCACACAGAUGAUCAGGGCUGGAGCCAACACUCCGUAGCACCGUAGAUCAUAUUGGUCACAUACUGGAAGUUUUGUUUAUGUAACUUGGUUGCUGUUUAACCUGCUUAAAUAGUAUUGCCAUAAUGUGGAGUGGGCUUCCCAGUAGAGGUUGUGUUGUGUUUCUAUGGAUGAAGAAGCACUUUGUGUGAGGUGGUGAAGCACUUUACUUGGUGAGAAAGAUGAAGCAUGAAGCUUCUUUAUUGCCUACCAUUCUGAGACAUAAGAAGAGAAAAUAUAUAUGUAAGAAGAGAGACUAAGGCACUACUACACUUCCCACCCUUGUGCGCACACCUACCUUGAUGAUGCAGCCUUCCCUGGAUAUCAAACCCUUUAUGUCCUUCCCUGUGGACAGCAGCUCUGCUGUUGGAUUCUUCCCAAAUUUUAACACAAUGGAUCCUGUGCAAAAAGCAGUCAUAAACCAUACAUUUGGAGUGUCCAUUCCCCCAAAGAAGAAGCAAGUCAUUUCCUGUAAUGUCUGCCAGCUUCGUUUUAACUCUGAUAGCCAGGCCGAGGCCCACUACAAAGGAAGUAAACAUGCCAAGAAGGUCAAAGCACUAGAGGCAACGAAAAACAAACCCAAAGCUGGUUCUUCCAAGGACAGCGCAAAGGUUAACACGGGCUGCUCCACCACGCCAGUCACAGCCAGCAUCUCUGACAAAUCAGAAGAUAAAGGGAACGAAAAACCCAACAGUGUGAGUCAGCAGCCCAAUGCAGAAGUGGAUCCUUUUCUUCCCAAACCUGGAGUGGCGCCUGCAGCACCUGCCUCAUCUUCCAAGAGCACCAACGGAGCUGCUAACGCAGUUACUGAGUCAGAAGAGGAAAAAGCCAAAAAACUACUUUACUGUUCAUUAUGCAAAGUGGCUGUGAACUCCCUUUCACAACUAGAAGCCCACAAUACAGGCUCCAAGCACAAGACCAUGGUUGAAGCUCGGAAUGGUGCUGGUCCCAUCAAGUCUUACCCUAGGCCUGGAUCCCGAAUGAAGGUGCAGAAUGGCAGCAAAGGCUCAGGACUGCAGAACAAGACAUUCCAUUGUGAAAUCUGUGAUGUCCAUGUUAAUUCAGAAAUUCAGCUUAAACAGCACAUUUCCAGCCGAAGGCAUAAGGACAGAGUUGCAGGAAAGCCUAUGAAACCUAAAUAUAGUCCUUACAACAAACUGCAGCGCAACCCAAGUAUUUUAGCAGCAAAACUUGCAUUCCAGAAGGACAUGAUUAAGCCGCUGGCACCUGCUUUCCUCUCAUCUCCUCUUGCUGCAGCUGCAGCUGUCUCCUCAGCUCUGUCCCUCCCUCCCCGGCCCUCGGCAUCCCUGUUCCAGGCACCAGCAAUUCCGCCAGCCCUCCUCAGGCCAGCCCACGGGCCCAUCCGGGCAACGCCUGCCUCCAUACUCUUUGCACCGUACUAAUUUAUUGAUGUGAAAAGAGAUAGCUAUGGCCAGUACAAAGGGCAAAGGAAAGCAGGAAAGGGGUUGAGGUUUUAAAAUGUUUCUCUUUUGCAAUGCCAUCCAGCAUGACACCUCAUUCAAGCACAUCAUAAAAUCCGUCAUUGGCAGCACUGCGUUUUGGAGUCUAGACAACUCUGUCUUCUCUCUGUCUCUAUUUUUUAAAAUCAAAAUAGUGUGAUUUGCUUCAAAAUUAAAUUGCUCAUAAAAUUUGUACCAUUAAAGAUUCAUCCAUCUAUUCAUUUUUUCUUUUUUUUUUUUUUCCAUUUGUAUGAUGCACCUUGGAAUCAAGGAACAUAAAAUAUUUUCCUGACAGACUUGAAAACUAGGGUCUUCCUCACACCUAUGUAAAUACUUCUCUGAAAAGCAAUGGGGUAUAAUCUAAUGUGGAAAAAAGGAAAAGGCAGAUGAACCAAAUGCUUGAUUGCAGAUAACAUCUCAAAAAAGAAUUGCAUCCAUUAUAUUCAUGUGCUCUUGUUGACAGGGACUGUGUGCUGUCCUAGACCCCAGUACUGGUGUAUCUUGUGUAGUACUACAGAUGUACCAUGUCUGAUUUUAAUAUUUUUUGUUUCUGUGCAAAUGUUUGAAAGCAAUGCAAUGCUGAAGCUUUUGUUUCUUUUGUGUCAUACUUUAUUUAGAGAAAUCAAGAAUAGAAAGCCAUAUAACAUAGAGUUAAGAUUACUGCUUGUUUGCUACUUUCAUUUAACUUAUUUUUGUUGUUUCUUCACUGGUGUUGCUAAGCAAUGUUUAAAGAGAAAAAAAGCUUUUAAAUUACACAUUGCCACAGCUCACGUGUUGUUCAAGAAGACAAUGGAUCCGUGUGUUUGUACGUAAAUAUCCUGUUUUCUUAAUUUCUAACUAGUUUCCUUUGUAAUGAUGCUGCAUAACAUUGUGGCUCCCUAAUGCAAUAAUGUACAGAACAUAAAAUAUUUAUAAUUUAGCAUAUUCUCUGUUUACUGAAUAUAUUGAAGUAAUGUCCCACCUAUCUUCUUACCUCCCCAACCCUUUUAUAAAGGUGAAUCAAUAUGCAGUGCUCAGACUGGAGUCAUUAUAUGAUAAUGGGGACUACAGGUGGAAGGAAGGAAAAAAAAAAAGAGAAUUAACUUUUAGAGCAUCUUUAUCAGCAAUCCAUAAUAGUAAAAUGUCUGUGUAUUUUUUUAAAUGUACCUUUUCAAUAAAAUAAUAAGAAAAUU